UUGAGCACGGAGGGACAAAGAAUGGGACUGUUAUUAGGUAUUGUUAAUUAUCUUGCAUCGUAUACCCGAGAUAAUUUUGCCAACAAUUGUCGCGAAGAGGAUAGUGGAAUUCUUAUCUGUAUGGUACCGUUUUGUAUUUUAUGUUUGUUUGGGCUUUUGCGUAGGGUUUUUUAACAUCCUUCUAAGGAGAGGCUUCUUGGAUGCUUCUUCAACAAUUCUCAUCCAUUCGUUUACUUAGCUCUCAAUGCAUUGCACCCCAUAAAAUGUAGGGUGGAUAUAACUAGUGCUGAAUGUUGACAUUGGAUACUCCAUUUCAUUCAAGAUGAAAGGUAUGUAUGAAGUUUGACUCUAUUGCAUCGCAGAUCUCAUUCAUUCGUUUUGGAACCCUAAAUGUUUAGUGAUGAACGAAGGCUAUUGAGUAGUGGUGUGGCUGCUGUGAUGAGGAUGUUGGAAAAAAAUCCAUUAGGUCUGGCUAAAGAUCUACAAAAACUUCAUAACAUUCACACUGCAAUCUCUGAUUUUGGGGUGAUUUUGGGAAUGGGCGGUUCUAGUAAAAUUGCUUUGGCAAAAGAGUUAUUGAUAGACCUAGAUGAUGUGUAUCAUGGGGAUCAAUCGGAUGCUCUAAUGCCAACAAAGGACAGCCUUGGAAAUGACAGUUUCAUUACUGUCAAAAAUGGCAAACUUGGCGUCCUAAAAUUGCAUUACAUCUCCUCCAUGUAUAGAGUGAAAGGACCAAAUGCAUAUCAUGCCUCAAAACUCUUUUGUUACCAUGCUUUGUUAUAAAUCCACUUGUUACAGGGAUUUGAGGAUCUUGUUGAAGAGUUUUUGAAUUUUUUCCAUGGAUUACCAUUGUCUCUCAAGGUAUUAGGAGGACAGUUAUAUGGAAAGUUCAAGGAUUUUUUAUAUUCUCAUCCCCAUAUUAUACAGAGGCUGAAAGUAAGUUAUAUCAUUUUUUAUGAAGAAGAGGGAAAGAUAUUUUUGAAAAUAGCUUGUUUCUUCAUUGGAAAAUAUUACUGUUUGGCCAUUUUAUGGGAUUAUGGAUGUAAUGUAAGCAGCAGAACAAUAUAACCCAUGAUCAUCAGAUCAUUCAAAUAUUUACACAACAAGGUCCCAACUGACCAGGACCUAGCUCCCGUGGGUCACAUUAGGGACUUGAUGAGGACCAACCCUCCCUUCUUUGAUGGUAAAAGUACCGGUCUCGAGGCAGAGACCUGGCUUAUCAGUUUGGAUCGGUGUUUCGCCAUGUUUCCAUAUAGUAGCAACACCACGGCGAGAUGUGCUAUCAUGCGUCUCGAUAGUUUUGGUUCGAUCUGGUGGAGAUUAGAGGAGGAGAAGAUUGGUGUGUGCAUUAACACCGUAUCAUGGGAGAUAUUUCUAGAAAGAUUCAGGGCACGAUUUCUCUCACCCCAGUGGAGGCAGUCUUGGGCAGACGAGUUCUACGCUUUGCGUCAGUAGACCAGUUUGAGCACAGGUUCUAUGAGCUUAAACAGUAUGUCGGGAUUGGUAACGAUGAGGUAAUGCUUGUUCAACACUUCUUGAGGGGUCUAAAUGACCGCACCAGUGGAGGAGUGAGAGUGUUUGAGCCAGCUUCAGUUGAGGUAGCCAUGGCGAAAGCCAGGUUGGUUGAGCAGAACCUUAGCCGUGCACAUGGUGGUCAGUCGGGGGUGCAGAUAGGGAGUGUUCCUUUCAGUGGAUCCAGAGCUCGUGGGAACCAGUCCCAGCCAACUGCACCAUUUAGGAGUCCUCAGGCACCCGCUAAGGGUGGACAGAAGCAGCAGCCGCCGAGACUGAAACAGUUCCAAGGCCAGCAGGGUGGCAACUCUCAGCAUAGAAGGAACAGGAACUGGCAGAGGAGCAGACAGGGUCUUCCAGGGCAGUCCUCUCAGGGUGCAUCUCAAGCCCUAGGUUUCUAUGUUCAAUUGGAUGUUCCAAGCAUUUGAAAAAGAUAACUAUGAAAUGAGUUUCCCAUCACGGGGGUUGUCUGAAGAUUUUUCUAUUCUUAAAUCGCUGGAGCACCUAGAGUUACAGAAUUGUGCAAUACUAUCUUCACUACCUACAUGUGGCAUGCCAAUUUUUUUUUUUGCAACUGCAUAGAGUCGAAGAUGUUUCCAGUUUCUUUUAAGCAGAUAGCAUUUUUACAAUAUAUUGAUUUAUCAAAAUAUAUCAAACCCAGGUUUAUGUUAGACCUAUUCAAAAUCAUCAAAGAGAAUCUCAAGUUAUUGAAAGAUGAGAAAUUGUAAAAAUUGUCUCGUCAAAUCACAAAUCAGCAGUGUAUUAAACUAGAUUAUGGAUGUACAGCAUUGGUCAACUAAGCAAAUUGUACUUUCUGAAAGUAAAGAGAACAUUCUUGAGGGGCAGAACUGGUAAGGAAUUUUGAGCACAAGAUUGCUAAGACUAUUUUGAAAAUUUAUUUUUCUUGAAUCAAUUAACAUUUACCUACGAAACCCGGGGACGCGUCCCCUACCUGAAAACCCCCGUCCCAGUCCCGGGGACGUUUUGGGGACUUGGGGACGGCCAGGGGACGUCCCCCCCCGUCCCCAAAUUGUCAAAAUUUUGAGGGGACGUCCCCGAAACGGGGGGACGGCUUCCCUAGCUGUGGGGGACGUCCGUACGUCCCGGGGACGGCUGGGGACGGAUUGGGGACGUCCCAGCCGUCCCGGGGACGGCCAGACGUCCCCCACAUCUAGGGCUAGGGAAAAAUAUUAAAAUAAAAAAUGUCGUAUUUUCAAUUUUUUUUAAUGAUGUUUUUUUUAGUGGGGAACUGCGCUGAUGGAAGUAGUGAAAAUUUAACCUCUGAGUCUGAUUAGGCUCCAUUAUGUAUUUUAUUUCUUUAAUAUCUAUUAUGAUAUGCAUAUUGACAAUGUGAAUGAAUUGAAAUUCUGAAUUAUGAGUGCAUAUUGAGUAUUGAGUCUAUUGAUAAUGUUGUAUGUUCGAUGUUUGCAUUCUAAAAUGUUUUCAUAGUAUCAUACACAUGCUAUAUCCAUGUUUUCAUAUGAAUAUAAUGUAUAGAUGCAUGCUUUAUCCAUGUUUUCAUAUGAACAUUUAGAAUUUUCCUAUAUAUUUUAAAUUUUCCCUAUAUUUUAUACAGCCGUCCCCUUUGCCGUCCCCCCCGUCCCCAAAUUUGGGAAAAAAAUUUGCCAUCCCAGAAACUCGUCCCCCCGUCCCCCCGUCCCCCCGUCCCGGAAACUUGGGGUAACAUAGACAUUUAUUGAUUCCUGCCAUUUGAAAUUUUCAUUGGAAUCCGGGGUCAUCUAAAUUUUUUGGAUUCUCUGCAUCUAUUUUGGUUAGUAGUGUAAGUCUUUACCAAAAGCAUUUUACAACUGAUUAAUUUUCAAAGAUUGGAGAGUUCGAUUGCUCAAUCCGACAAUUGGCUUUUGAAGAGGCAGAACUAGGUUGCAUCUUGAUUCAGUGAGACAUGACCGUCCAAGAUAGCACUUUCAUAAGACUGUUGUCCCAGCCUUGAAAUUCAACAACUUGAACAGAAAGGUAGCAGCUGAUUGGAAAACAGUACUACUCAAUGUUUCAUUUCAUCUGACUACAUGCUUUAUGGUGAGUAUGUAUCUGACUAACCACUCAGCACAUCCUGUAUCUUUUUUUGAUCGGUAAUGGGCCAAAACCGAUAAGAUGUACAAAUACCCUAUUCCCUUUGUGAGAUUUGAACUUGUGAUCUCUUUCAAGAACACAAGUUCUCCACCACUAGACCAACUCAGGCUGUACAACACAUCCUGUAUCUUAUUCAUUUGCUUUGUAAUCUAUUUUGUGCUAUUGAAACUAUGUUUCUUCUAAUUGUUUUUUAUUUUGUUAUAGAUGCAUUGAGAUGAGGGGAAGCUGUUGAAGAAUAUUGUGAGAUUUGCAUUGAAGGUGAUGAGUUUGAUUUUACUAGAGGUAGCCAAACAAUUCGUUGGACUUGAUGAGGCUGCAAAAGACUAAAAACAAACUACACUGCAAUCUUACAGAGCAGACAGAAUGAAAAAAUGGCAGUGGGUGGUUCUGGUAAAACUGCAUUUGCAAAGAAUAAACACUACAAGAAAUGCAACAGUUUUUUUUUUUUAGAUGUGAGAUGCUGACAGUUUUGAAUGAGGUGGAUCGUAUGUACUGAAAUUUGAGAUUAUGUUGCAUUCAAGGGUUGCAUGCAAAUAUAACAGAUUUCUGUUAUAGGAAAUUAUUGUGUUCUCAGAAUUUCUUCACUUGCCUCAUAAGGCUUUGGAAGAAUUCAUAGCUUCCCAAAUAGUCGGCAUUGGAGAUAUGGAAUUGAAAUCAAGUACUAACCCUUAGUUUAAGAGCCAACUUGUGUUUUCCAGCCUUUUCCUUUUUAUUUUUAGCAGAAGUGAAAUGAGCAUUACUCUCCAUUCUUACACAAGGUGGAGAUGGUCUUUAGCAGGUCCAGGAUGAAAUUGGUUGCCAAUUCUUAAUACAUAGAAAAUGAUAUUUUACA